GACGGCUCUGAAAGGAUGUCCGACGGCGGGGGGACGGAGGACAACUCCGCUACGAUGGAGGUGUCCGCCGUUCAGACGGUAGCGGAUACGUCGGUGCUGCAGAAGCACAUCAGGAAAUUGGUUCCGUUGCUCCUGGAAGAUGGCGGCGAGGCCCCGGCCUCACUGGAAACCGCCCUGGAGGAGAAGAGUGCAGUGGAGCAGAUGAGGAAAUUUUUGGCCGAUCCCCAACUUCACACCAUCCUGGUUGAGAGAAGUGCACUAAAAGAGGAUGUUGGAGACGAAGGAGAGGAGGAGAAAGAGUGCAUCACUUACAAUGUCAGCAUCGACAUUCACUAUGGGCUCAAGUCCAACAGCUUGGCUUUGAUCAAGAGGACAGGUGUCAUCGAUGCAGACAAGCCCAUAUCAACCCAAGUCAGAGUUCUGACCUUGAGUGAGGAUUCUCCUUACGAGACGCUCCACUCGUUCAUCAGCAAUGCCGUCGCGCCGUUCUUCAAGUCUUACAUCCGCGAGUCUGGCAAAGCAGACAGAGAUGGGGAUAAGAUGGCUCCCUCAGUGGAGAAAAAGAUUGCCGAGCUGGAGAUGGGACUUCUCCACCUGCAGCAGAACAUCGAGAUUCCUGAGAUCAGCCUGCAGAUCCAUAACACGAUCACAAACAUCGCCAAGCAGUGCUACGAACGCAAUGAGAAGCCCAAAGUCACCGAUUUUGGUGAUAGAGUGGAGGACCCGUCCUUCCUGAACCAGCUGCAGUCUGGGGUCAACCGCUGGAUCAGGGAGAUCCAGAAGGUGACAAAGCUUGAUCGUGACCCGGCUUCGGGCACAGCCCUGCAGGAGAUCAGUUUCUGGCUGAAUCUGGAGAGAGCCCUGAACAGGAUCCAGGAGAAGAGAGAGAGCCCCGAGGUUCUUCUCACCCUGGACAUCCUCAAACACGGCAAACGUUUCCAUGCCACCGUCAGCUUUGACACAGACACUGGUCUGAAACAGGCUGUGGAAACCGUCAACGACUACAACCCGCUGAUGAAGGACUUCCCGCUCAACGACCUGCUUUCUGCCUCGGAGCUCGAUAAGAUCCGCCAGGCUCUGAUGGCUAUCUUCACUCACCUGAAAAAGAUCAGGAACACCAAGUACCCUAUCCAGAGAGCUCUGCGUCUGGUGGAGGCCAUCUCCAGGGACCUGAGCGCCCAGCUGCUGAAGGUGUUGGGCACCAGGAAACUCAUGCAUGUUGCCUAUGAGGAAUUUGAAAAGGUGAUGGUGGCGUGCUUUGAGGUGUUCCAGACUUGGGAGGAUGAAUACGAGAAACUGCAGGUGCUUCUGAGGGACAUAGUGAAGAGGAAGAGGGAGGAGAACCUGAAGAUGGUGUGGCGUUUGAGCCCCGCGCACAGGAAGCUCCAAUCCCGUCUGGACCACAUGAGACGCUUCAGGAGGCAGCAUGAACAGCUGAGGGCUGUUAUUGUUCGUGUACUGAGGCCUCAGGUGUCUGCUGUGCCACAACACGCUCCUGGAGAGACCGUAGAGCCUCAGGACAUGAAGGUGGCCGGAGUUCUGUUGGACGCGGCUGACGCCAACGCCAUCGAGGAGGUCAACCUGGCGUACGAGAACGUCAAAGAGGUCGACGGCCUCGACGUCUCAAAGGAAGGCACCGAAGCCUGGGAGGCCGCCAUGAAGCGCUACGACGAGCGCAUCGACCGCGUGGAGACCCGCAUCACCGCCCGUCUGCGCGAUCAGCUGGGAACCGCUAAGAACGCCAACGAGAUGUUCCGCAUCUUCUCCCGCUUCAACGCCCUCUUCGUGCGUCCUCACAUCCGCGGCGCCAUCCGGGAGUACCAGACGCAGCUCAUCCAGCGCGUGAAGGACGACAUCGAGUCGCUGCACGACAAGUUCAAGGUGCAGUAUCCUCAGAGUCAGGCGUGCAAGAUGAGCCACGUGCGAGACCUGCCGCCCGUGUCCGGCUCCAUCAUCUGGGCCAAGCAGAUCGACCGUCAGCUGACCGCGUACAUGAAGAGGGUCGAGGACGUUCUGGGGAAGGGCUGGGAGAACCAUGUGGAGGGGCUGAAGCUGAAGCAGGACGGAGAUAGCUUCCGGGCUAAACUCAACACCCAAGAGAUUUUUGACGACUGGGCUCGCAAGGUGCAGCAGCGUAACCUCGGCGUGUCAGGCCGCAUCUUCACGAUCGAGAGCACCCGCGCCCGCGGUCGCACCGGCAACAUGCUCAAGCUCAAAGUCAACUUCCUCCCCGAGAUCAUCACCCUGUCCAAAGAGGUGCGCAACCUCAAGUGGUUGAGCUUCCGCGUCCCCCUGGCCAUCGUCAACAAAGCCCACCAGGCCAACCAGCUGUACCCGUUCGCCAUCUCUUUGAUCGAGAGCGUGCGCACCUACGAGCGCACCUGCGAGAAGGUGGAGGAGAGGUCCUCCAUCUCCCUGCUGGUCGCUGGCCUCAAGAAAGAGGUGCAGGCUCUCGUCACCGAGGGAAUCACUCUGGUCUGGGAAUCCUACAAGCUGGAUCCUUACGUUCAGAGGCUGGCUGAGAUGGUCUUCAACUUCCAAGAGAAGGUGGACGAUCUCUUACUGAGAGAGAAGAUUGACCUUGAAGUCCGCUCGCUGGACACUUGCAUGUUCGAGCACAAGACCUUCUCCGAAAUCCUCAAUCGAGUCCAGAAAGCUGUGGACGACCUCAAUCUCCACUCCUACUCCAACCUCCCCAUCUGGGUCAACAAGCUGGACAUUGAGAUUGAACGUAUCCUGGGAGUGCGCCUGCAGGCCGGCCUCAAGGCCUGGACCCAGGUGCUGCGGGGUCAGAUAGAGGACAAAGCCGAUGUGGACAUGGACACAGAGGCUCCGCAAGUGAGCCACAAACCUGGAGGGGAUCCCAAGAUUAAGAACGUCAUCCACGAGCUGAGGAUCACCAACCAGGUGAUCUACCUGAACCCACCGAUUGAAGACUGUCGCUACAAGCUCUACCAGGAGAUGUUUUCCUGGAAGAUGGUCAUCCUCUCCCUGCCCAGGAUCCAGAGCCAGAGAUACCAGGUGGGCGUCCACUACGAGCUGUCAGAGGAAGAGAAGUUCUACAGAAACGCUCUGACCCGGAUGCCCGACGGCCCUGCAGCCUUAGAGGAGGCCUACAAUGCAGUUGAAGACAUUGUCAAUGAGGUGGAGCGAUAUGUCAAGGUGUGGCUCCAGUACCAGUGCUUGUGGGACAUGCAGGCCGAGAACAUCUACAACCGUCUGGGUGAAGACCUCACCAAGUGGCAGGCCCUGCUCGUCCAAAUCCGCAAAGCUCGUGGCACCUUUGACAACGCAGAGACUCGCAAAGAGUUUGGACCCGUGGUCAUCGACUAUGGCAAGGUCCAGUCCAAGGUGAACUUGAAGUACGACUCCUGGCAUAAAGAAGUGCUCAGCAAGUUUGGCCAGAUGCUUGGACAGAACAUGCAGGACUUCCAUUCCCAGAUCUCCAAGUCCCGUCAAGAACUGGAGCAACACUCUGUGGACACGGCCAGCACCUCGGAUGCGGUCAACUUCAUCACAUAUGUCCAGACCCUGAAGCGCAAGAUCAAACAGUUUGAGAAAAAUGUGGACUUGUUCAGAAAUGGACAGCGUUUGCUGGAGAAGCAGAGGUUCCAGUUCCCUCCGUCUUGGCUCUACAUUGACAACAUCGAAGGUGAAUGGGGCGCCUUCAGUGACAUCAUGAAGCGCAAGGACACCGCCAUCCAGCAGCAGGUGGCCAACCUCCAGCUGAAGAUCGUCCAGGAGGACAAAGCCGUGGAGAACCGCACCACAGACCUGCUCAGUGACUGGGAGAAGACCAAACCAGUCGCUGGUAACCUGCGUCCCGAGGAAGCCCUUCAGUCUCUGACCAUCUACGAGGGCAACUUUGGCCGUCUGAAGGAUGAGAGAGAAAAGUGUGCCCGAGCCAAGGAGGCCCUGGAGCUCACCGACACCGGGCUGCUCAGUGGCAGCGAAGAGAGGGUGCAGGUGGCGCUAGAGGAGUUGCACGACCUGAAAGAGGUUUGGUCUGAGCUGUCAAAGGUCUGGGAGCAGAUCGACCAGAUGAAAGAGCAGCCAUGGGUGUCCGUGCAGCCUCGCAAGCUUCGUCAGAGUCUGGAUGCACUUCUGAACCAGCUGAAGAACUUCCAAGCAAGACUGAGACAGUAUGCAUCCUAUGAGUAUGUCCAGAGGCUGCUCAAAGGAUACCUGAAGGUGAACAUGUUGGUGAUCGAGCUGAAAUCGGAGGCUCUGAAGGACCGCCAUUAACAGCUGAUGAAGCGCUUGCAUGUGAACUGGGUCCCGUCCGAGCUCACCCUGGGACAGGUCUGGGAUGUGGAUCUGCAGAAGAAUGAGAUGGUGGUGAAGGAUGUUCUCCUGGUGGCCCAGGGAGAGAUGGCUUUGGAGGAGUUCCUUAAACAGAUCCGUGAAGUCUGGAACUCGUAUGAGCUUGACCUGGUGAACUACCAGAACAAGUGUCGUCUGAUCCGAGGCUGGGACGACCUCUUCAACAAGGUCAAAGAGCACAUUAACAGCGUGUCUGCCAUGAAGCUGUCUCCAUACUACAAGGUGUUCGAGGAAGACGCCCUGAGCUGGGAGGACAAGCUGAAUCGCAUCAUGGCUCUAUUCGAUGUUUGGAUCGAUGUUCAGCGUCGUUGGGUCUACCUGGAAGGCAUCUUUACCGGCAGUGCUGACAUCAAACAUCUGCUGCCUGUUGAAACCCAGAGAUUCCAAAGUAUCAGUACAGAGUUCUUGGCACUGAUGAAAAAGGUGUCAAAGUCUCCUCUGGUGAUGGACGUGCUGAACAUACAGGGAGUGCAGCGGUCUCUGGAGAGACUGGCUGACCUUCUGGGAAAGAUCCAGAAAGCUCUUGGAGAAUACCUGGAGAGAGAAAGAUCCUCCUUCCCCAGGUUCUACUUUGUGGGAGAUGAGGACCUGCUGGAAAUCAUCGGCAACAGCAAGAAUGUGGCCAAACUGCAGAAGCACUUCAAGAAGAUGUUUGCCGGCGUUUCCAGCAUCCUGCUCAACGAGGACAACACCGAGGUGCUGGGGAUCUCGUCCCGCGAGGGCGAGGAGAUUCUCUACAAGACACCCGUCUCCAUCACAAAGCAUCCCAAGAUCAACGAGUGGCUGACGCUGGUGGAGAAGGAGAUGAGGGUGACGCUGGCCAAGCUGCUGGCCGAGUCCGUCACAGAGGUCACUGGAUUCAACAAGGGCACGGCCGUGGAUCUGAGUCAGUACAUCGACUGGAUUGACCGUUACCAGGCUCAGCUGGUGGUCCUGUCCACUCAGAUUGCCUGGUCUGAGAACAUCGAGUCGGCUCUGACCACCAUCUCUGGAGGUGGAGACAUGUCACCCAUGCAGGGAGUGCUGUCAAACGUGGAGGCCACCCUCAACGUGCUGGCUGAUACCGUGCUGAUGGAGCAGCCUCCGCUCCGCAGGAGGAAACUGGAGCACCUGAUCACCGAGCUGGUGCACCAGCGUGAUGUGACCAGAACCCUCAUCAAGAACAAGAUCGACAACCCCAAGUCCUUCGAGUGGCUCAGCCAGAUGCGCUUCUACUUCGACCCCAAGCAGACAGAUGUGCUGCAGCAGCUGUCCAUCCAGAUGGCCAACGCCAAGUUCAACUACGGCUUCGAGUAUCUGGGUGUCCAAGACAAGCUGGUGCAGACCCCUCUGACAGACCGCUGCUAUCUCACCAUGACCCAGGCUCUGGAGGCCCGCCUUGGAGGCUCACCAUUUGGUCCUGCUGGCACGGGAAAGACGGAGUCAGUGAAAGCUCUGGGUCACCAGCUGGGACGUUUUGUCCUGGUCUUCAACUGUGAUGAGACAUUCGACUUCCAGGCCAUGGGUCGCAUCUUUGUAGGUUUGUGUCAAGUGGGAGCGUGGGGCUGCUUCGACGAGUUUAACCGUCUGGAGGAGAGGAUGCUCUCAGCCGUCUCCCAGCAGGUCCAGUACAUCCAGGUGGCCUUGAGGGAGCACAGCAACCCCAACAGAGACAGGAGUGUGCCCGUCAUGACAGAGCUCCUGAACAAGCAGGUGAAGGUGAGCCCCGACAUGGCCAUCUUCAUCACCAUGAACCCUGGCUACGCCGGCCGCUCCAACCUGCCCGAUAACCUGAAGAAGCUGUUCCGCAGCUUGGCCAUGACCAAACCCGACCGCCAGCUCAUCGCCCAGGUCAUGCUCUACUCUCAGGGUUUCCGCACAGCCGAGAUCCUCGCCAAGAAGAUCGUGCCCUUCUUCAAGCUGUGCGACGAGCAGCUGUCAUCGCAGAGUCACUACGACUUUGGUCUCCGAGCUCUGAAGAGCGUGCUGAUCAGUGCUGGUAAUGUCAAGCGUGAGCGCAUCCAGAGGAUCAAGAGGGAGAAGCUGGAGCGCGGAGAAGUUGUAGAUGAAAAUGACAUCGCUGAAAACCUUCCCGAACAGGAGAUCCUGAUCCAGAGUGUGUGCGAGACCAUGGUUCCCAAGCUGGUGGCGGAGGACAUCCCUCUUCUCUUCAGCCUGCUGUCGGAUGUCUUCCCCGGAGUGCAGUACCACCGUGGAGAGAUGACCGCUCUGAGGGAGGAGCUGAAGAAGGUCUGCGCCGAGAUGUACCUCACCUACGGAGACGGCGACGAUGUGGGCAGCAUGUGGGUGGAGAAGGUGCUCCAGCUGUAUCAGAUCACACAGAUCAACCACGGCCUGAUGAUGGUGGGACCCUCCGGUAGCGGGAAGACCAUGGCGUGGAGGGUGCUCCUCAAGGCCCUGGAGAGGCUGGAGGGUGUCGAGGGUGUGGCCCACAUCAUCGACCCCAAAGCCAUCAGCAAGGACCACCUGUAUGGAACCCUGGACCCCAACACCCGCGAAUGGACUGACGGCUUGUUCACACACAUCCUCAGGAAGAUCAUCGAUAAUGUCCGAGGUGAACUGCAGAAGCGCCAGUGGAUCAUCUUCGACGGCGACGUCGACCCUGAGUGGGUUGAAAAUCUCAACUCGGUCCUGGAUGACAACAAGCUGCUCACCCUUCCCAAUGGAGAGCGUCUCAGCCUGCCGCCAAACGUACGUGUGAUGUUUGAAGUGCAGGACCUGAAGUACGCCACCCUGGCCACCGUGUCUCGCUGUGGUAUGGUCUGGUUCAGCGAGGACGUUCUCAGCACCGACAUGAUCUUCAACCACUUCCUGGCUCGCAUACGCAGCAUCCCAUUGGACGAGGGAGAGGAUGAAGCUCAGCGCCAGAGGAAGGGCACGGAUGAUGAGGAAGAGACUGCGUCACCGAUGCUGCAGAUCCAGCGAGAUGCCGCCGCCAUCCUGCAGCCGUACUUCACCUCCACAGGCCUGGUGAUCAAAGCCAUCGAGCACGCCUCAAAGAUGGAGCACAUCAUGGACUUCACCCGCCUGCGCUGCCUGGGUUCCCUCUUCUCGAUGCUGCACCAGGCCUGCCGAAAUGUGGCCCUCUACAACAACAACCACCCCGACUUCCCCAUGCCCAACGAUCAGCUGGAGAAAUACAUGCAGAAAUAUCUGAUCUACGCUGUGCUGUGGUCGUUCUCUGGAGACGGGCGGCUGAAGAUAAGGGGGGAGCUUGGAGAGUACAUCCGUCGCAUCACCACAGUGCCCCUCCCCUCUGCGCCCAAUGUCCCCAUCAUCGACUACGAGGUGUGCAUCACAGGUGAGUGGCAGUCCUGGCAGGGCAAGGUGCCCCAGAUCGAGGUCGAGACCCACAAGGUGGCCUCCCCGGACGUUGUGGUUCCCACCCUGGAUACCGUGCGCCACGAGGCUUUGCUUUACACGUGGCUGGCCGAGCACAAGCCCCUGGUGCUGUGUGGACCUCCCGGCUCCGGAAAGACCAUGACUCUGUUCAGCGCCCUCAGAGCGCUGCCUGACAUGGAGGUUGUCGGUCUGAACUUCUCCAGUGCCACCACCCCGGAGCUGCUCCUGAAGACCUUCGAUCAUUACUGCGAGUACCGACGUACCCCCAACGGAGUCGUCCUGGCCCCCGUCCAGCUGGGCAAGUGGCUGGUGUUGUUCUGCGAUGAAAUCAAUCUGCCGGACAUGGACAAGUACGGCACACAGAGAGUCAUCUCGUUCCUCAGACAGAUGGUGGAGCAUGGAGGUUUCUACCGCACCUCAGACCAGACCUGGGUCAAACUGGAGAGGAUCCAGUUUGUUGGAGCUUGUAAUCCUCCCACUGACCCCGGCAGAAAGCCUCUCACACACAGGUUCCUGCGUCAUGUCCCCGUUGUGUACGUGGACUACCCAGGUCCCGCCUCUCUGACCCAGAUUUAUGGAACCUUCAACCGUGCCAUGCUGCGCCUCAUCCCCUCUCUGCGUACCUACGCUGAGCCUCUGACUGCUGCGAUGGUGGAGUUCUACACCAUGUCUCAGGAGCGGUUCACCCAGGACACCCAGCCUCACUACAUCUACUCCCCCAGAGAGAUGACCCGCUGGGUGAGGGGCAUCUUCGAGGCCCUGCGUCCUCUAGAGACUCUACCUGUGGAAGGGCUGAUCCGCAUCUGGGCCCAUGAAGCUCUGCGUCUCUUCCAGGACAGGCUGGUUGAUGAUGAAGAGCGAAGGUGGACAGAUGAGAACAUCGACAUGGUCGCUCUCAAACACUUCCCCAACAUCGAUAAGGACAAGGGUCUCAACAGGCCGAUCCUCUACAGCAACUGGCUCUCCAAGGACUACAUCCCCGUGGAACAGGAGGAGCUCAGGGACUAUGUGAAGGCCCGUCUGAAGGUCUUCUAUGAAGAGGAGCUGGACGUCCCUCUGGUGCUCUUCAACGAGGUGCUGGACCACGUCCUCAGGAUCGACCGAAUCUUCCGGCAGCCUCAGGGUCAUCUCCUGCUGAUCGGCGUCAGUGGAGCAGGAAAGACCACUCUGUCUCGCUUCGUCGCCUGGAUGAACGGACUCAGCGUUUACCAGAUCAAGGUCCACAGGAAAUACACCGGAGAGGACUUUGACGAGGAUCUGCGCACGGUGCUGCGUCGCUCAGGCUGCAAGAACGAGAAGAUCGCUUUCAUCAUGGAUGAGUCCAACGUGCUGGAUUCUGGUUUCCUUGAGAGGAUGAACACACUGCUGGCCAACGGAGAGGUUCCCGGCCUGUUCGAGGGUGACGAGUACGCGACCCUGAUGACUCAGUGUAAAGAGGGAGCCCAGAAGGAGGGCCUGAUGCUGGACACACACGAAGAGCUGUACAAGUGGUUCACCAGCCAGGUCAUCAGGAACCUGCAUGUUGUUUUCACCAUGAACCCGUCAUCAGAGGGCCUGAAGGACCGGGCUGCCACAUCCCCCGCCCUCUUCAACAGGUGUGUGCUGAACUGGUUUGGAGACUGGUCCACAGAGGCCCUGUACCAGGUGGGUAAGGAGUUCACCAGUAAGAUGGAUCUGGAGAAACCAAACUACAAGGUGCCGGACUACAUGCCCAUCGUCUACGACAAGCUGCCCCAGCCGCCGUCUCACCGCGAGGCCAUCGUCAACGGCUGCGUGUUUGUGCACCAGACUCUCCACCAGGCCAACAACCGUCUGGCUAAACGAGGUGGUCACACGAUGGCCAUCACCCCUCGACACUACCUGGACUUCAUCAACCAGUACGCCAACCUGUUCAACGAGAAACGCAGCGAGCUGGAGGAGCAGCAGAUGCACCUCAACGUCGGCCUCCGCAAGAUAAAGGAGACCGUCGAUCAGGUGGAGGAGCUCCGUCGCGACCUGAGAAUCAAGAGCCAGGAGUUGGAGGCAAAGAACGCGGCCGCCAACGACAAGCUGAAGAAGAUGGUCAAAGACCAGCAGGAGGCCGAAAAGAAAAAGGUGAUGAGCCAGGAGAUCCAGGAAUCUGUGUACAAGCAGCAGGAAGUGAUCAAAGACAAACAGCUGAGUGUCAAAGAGGACUUGGAUCAAGUGGAGCCGGCUGUUAUCGAGGCUCAGAAUGCCGUUAAGUCCAUUAAGAAGCAGCACCUGGUGGAGGUGCGCUCCAUGGCCAAUCCACCCGCGGCCGUGAAGGUGGCCCUCGAGUCCAUCUGCCUGCUCCUGGGAGAGAGCACCACCGACUGGAAGCAGAUCCGCUCCAUCAUCAUGAGGGAGAACUUCAUCCCCACUAUUGUAAACUUCUCCGCUGAAGACAUCAGCGACUCCAUCCGUGAGAAGAUGAAGAAGAACUACCUCUCCAACCCGGGCUACAACUACGACCAAGUGAACAGGGCGUCUCUGGCCUGUGGACCCAUGGUGAAAUGGGCGAUCGCUCAGCUCAAUUAUGCCGACAUGCUGAAGCGCGUGGAGCCUCUGCGUAACGAGCUGCAGAAGCUGGAGGACGACGCCACGGACAACAACGAAGCCGAGGAGGUGGAGCAGAUGAUCAGAGACCUGGAGGCCAGCAUCGCACGCUACAAGGAGGAGUACGCCGUCCUCAUCUCGGAGGCUCAGGCCAUCAAGGCCGACUUGGCCGCUGUAGAAGCUAAGGUGAACCGCAGCACAGCCCUGCUGAAGAGUCUGUCGGCUGAGAGGGACCGCUGGGAGAAGACCAGCGAGACCUUCAAGAACCAGAUGUCCACCAUCGCUGGAGACUGUCUGCUGUCGUCCGCCUUCAUCUCCUACGCCGGAUACUUUGAACAGCAGAUGAGACAGAACCUGUUCACCACCUGGUCUCACCACCUGCAGCAGGCCAACAUUCAGUUCCGUACGGACAUCGCCAGAACCGAGUACCUGUCCAACGCCGACGAGAGGCUCCGCUGGCAGGCCAACUCGCUCCCAGCAGACGACCUCUGCACUGAGAACGCCAUCAUGCUCAAGAGGUUCAACAGAUACCCGCUUAUCAUCGAUCCAUCUGGCCAAGCCACGGAGUUCAUAAUGAACGAGUACAAAGAACGCAAAAUCACCAGAACCAGUUUCCUGGACGAUGCCUUCAGGAAGAACCUGGAGAGCGCCCUGCGUUUUGGAAACCCGCUGCUGGUCCAGGAUGUAGAAAGCUACGACCCCAUCUUGAACCCGGUGCUGAACAGAGAGGUCCGCAGGACUGGAGGUCGUGUCCUCAUCACUCUGGGAGAUCAGGACAUCGAUCUGUCACCGUCGUUUGUCAUCUUCCUUUCUACACGUGACCCAACGGUCGAGUUCCCACCAGACUUGUGUUCUCGUGUCACAUUCGUCAACUUCACGGUGACACGCAGCAGCCUUCAGAGUCAGUGUCUGAACGAGGUGCUGAAGGCUGAGCGGCCCGACGUGGACGAGAAACGCUCUGACCUCCUCAAGCUGCAGGGUGAGUUCCAGCUGCGCCUGCGUCAGCUGGAGAAAUCCCUGCUGCAGGCCCUCAAUGAGGUCAAGGGUCGCAUCCUCGACGAUGACACCAUCAUCACCACGCUGGAGAACCUGAAGAAGGAGGCGGCGGAGGUGACCAGGAAGGUGGAGGAGACGGAUAUUGUCAUGGCGGAGGUGGAGGCGGUGUCGCAGCAAUACCUGUCCCUGUCCUCGGCCUGCAGCAGCAUCUACUUCACCAUGGAGUCUCUCAACCAGAUGCACUUCCUGUACCAGUACUCUCUUCACUUCUUCCUGGAUACCUACCACACGGUCCUCUACGAGAACUCCAACCUGAAGGGCAUCACUGAUCACUCACAGAGACUUGCUGUCAUCACCAAAGACCUCUUCCAGGUGGUGUUCAACAGAGCAGCCAGAGGAAUGCUUCACUUGGACCACAUCACGUUUGCCAUGCUGCUGGCUAAGAUCAGCCUGAAGGGCAUCACUAGCGAGCCCUCGUAUGACACAGAGUUCCAGCACUAUCUGCGCGGAAAGGAGAUCGUUCUGACCGGUAUGUCGGUGCCCAAAGUGAAAGGUCUUACCACCGACCAGAGUGAGGCCAUGGUCCGCCUCAGUCACCUGCCAGCGUUCGAAGACCUUGUGUCCAAAGUUGAGGCUGACGAGCAAUUCUUCAUGUGGAUCGAGAGCAACUCUCCAGAGCUGGCUGUUCCCUAUCUGUGGUCAGAGGAGAUGCAGUCCACUUCCAUCGGUCAGGCAGUUCACCAGCUGUUGCUGAUCCAGGCCUUCCGCCCCGAUCGCAUGCUGGCCAUGUCGCACAUCUUUGUCUCCAAGGUGCUGGGAGAGACCUUCAUGAACAUCAUCGAGCAGCCUCUUGACCUGGCUAACAUUGUGGAUAUGGAGGUGAAGCCGAGCACUCCAGUCCUGAUGUGUUCUGUACCGGGUUAUGAUGCCAGCGGCCUGGUCCGAGAUCUGGCUGCUGAGGAGAACAAACAAAUCACUUCCAUCUCUAUUGGUUCAGCUGAAGGGUUCAAUAAGGCAGACAGAGAUAUCAACACUGCUGUCAAGUCUGGACGGUGGGUGAUGUUGGAGAACGUCCACCUGGCCCCUGGAUGGCUGAUGCAGCUGGAAAAGAAGCUCCACUCCAUGCAGCCUCAUGCAAGCUUCAGGCUUUUCCUGACUAUGGAGAUCAACCCCAAGGUGCCUGUGAACCUGCUCCGUGCUGGUCGUAUCUUUGUGUUCGAGCCGCCUCCUGGUGUCAAAGCCAACAUGCUCCGAACCUUCAGCAGCAUCCCUGUGGCCCGCAUGUGCAAGGCUCCCAAUGAGCGUGCUCGUCUCUACUUCCUGCUUGCUUGGUUCCAUGCAGUCAUUCAGGAGCGUCUGCGCUAUGCACCGCUCGGCUGGUCCAAGAAAUACGAGUUUGGAGAGUCUGACCUCCGUUCUGCCUGUGACACUGUGGACACCUGGCUGGACGACACCGCCAAGGGUCGUCAGAAUAUCGCUCCGGACAAGAUCCCCUGGGCUGCUCUGAAAACCCUCAUGGCCCUGUCCAUCUACGGCGGUCGAAUCGACAACGAGUUCGACCAGCGUUUGCUGAACACCUUCCUGGAGCGCAUCUUCACAAAGGGAAGCUUCGACAGCGAGUUCAAACUGGCCCUGAAGGUCGACGGGCACAAGGACAUCAAGAUGCCUGAUGGCAUUCGGCGUGAGGAGUUCAUGCACUGGGUUGAGAUGCUUCCCGACACUCAGACUCCAUCUUGGCUCGGGUUGCCUAGCAAUGCGGAGAAGGUCUUGCUCACCACUCAGGCCACUGACAUGAUGGGUAAGAUGCUGAAAAUGCAGAUGUUGGAGGAUGAGGAUGACCUUGCCUAUGAGACGGAGAAGAAAGAGCGCACUUCGUCCACGUCUGACACGCAGCCGGCCUGGAUGAGGACGCUCCACACCACCGCCUGCAACUGGCUGCAGCUCAUGCCCCAAAGUGUCAAUCCACUCAAACGCACGGUGGAGAACAUCAAGGACCCCCUGUUCCGUUUCUUCGAGCGCGAGGUGAAGAUGGGCGGCAAGAUGCUGCAGGAGGUCCGUCAGGAUCUGACCGAUGUGGUUCAAGUGUGUGAGGGCAAGAAGAAGCAGACUAACGACCUGCGCUCACUCAUCAGCGAACUGGUUAAAGGCAUCCUCCCACGCAGCUGGUGUCGUUACACUGUUCCCCUCGCGAUGACUGUGAUCCAGUGGGUGGCCGACUUCAGCGAGCGAAUCAAACAGCUGCAGCAGAUCUCCCAGGGAGCCGCCAGUGGAGGUGCAAAGGAACUGAAGAACAUCCACGUGUGUCUCGGCAGCCUGUUUGUGCCGGAGGCUUACAUUACCGCCACCCGCCAGUAUGUGGCCCAGGCCAACAGCUGGUCUUUGGAGGAGCUGUUGCUGGAGGUCAAUGUCACCAGCGCCCAGGGUGCAGCGCUGGACGCCUGCAGCUUUGGCAUCAAAGGUCUGAAGCUGCAGGGAGCUACCUGUGCUAACAACAAGCUGUCUCUGUCCACGUCCAUCUUCACUGAGCUGCCUCUCACUCAGCUCCGCUGGGUGAAGCAGAUGAACACCGAGAAGAGAAACAUGGUGACUCUACCUGUGUACCUGAACUUCACCAGGUCCGACCUCAUCUUCACCGUUGACUUCGACAUCGCCAACAAGGAAGAGCCGCACAGCUUCUAUGAGCGCGGAGUGGCGGUCCUGUGCACCGAGUAGACGACACGAGUCACUCCUGAAGACCAGAGCGUCGUCUUAACUGAACUACACUCAGUCAAUAACAUUCAUCACUUAUUAACCACAUUUGAUUAAAGUAGUUUGUAGCCUGUUGCAUUCCGAUAUGAAGCGUAGUUAAGAACAUCUGUGGAGCAGUAACUUUCAUGUAACCAUAUUUAGUGAUUUUUGGGGAAGUGUUGAAGAAGGUCGAGAGAAUGUCGUCAGAUGGUAAAUGAAGAGAGGAAACAAGGAAAGGAAAGUGAAAUGUUUUUAGGAAGAAUCUGUAUGUUUUUAGAUUGAAGAAAGCCUGGAAUGAAUAAAGCUGCAUUAAUGACUCCA